AACAUAAAUCUCACCAAACAAUGUCACACAUUGCAACAUUCUUAACCAUCACCCUCAAAUUUGUGUUUCUCACUUUCACAUGGUUCCAAUUGUCAUCCAGCCUUGAUGCGGGAUGUGAUUUAUUCCAAGGCACUUGGGUGGCCGGCGCCCGCCCUAUCUACGAUGCUACGAUGUGCCCUUUCAUCGACAAACAGUUCGACUGUAUCAGAAAUGGAAGACCGGACAAGCUCUACCUCAAUUUCACAUGGAAGCCCAACAACUGCAAAUUGCCCAAAUUUAGUGGGGUGGAUUUUUUGAGGAGGUUUCAAGGGAAGAAAAUGUUGUUUGUGGGAGAUUCCCUUAGUUUGAAUCAGUGGGAGUCUCUUGCAUGCAUGCUUCAUGCCUCGGUUCCUCAGUCAAACUACACUAUCAAAAAGACAGGAGGGGUUUCCACGUUUUACAUGCCGGAGUACAGGAUGUCGUUGAUGCUGUCGAGGAACGCGCUAUUGGUCGAUUUAAUUGUGGACAAGAAGAGGGGAAGGGUUUUAAAGCUCGAUUCAAUCAAGAACGGGGACUCAUGGAAAGGGUUUGAUAUGCUCGUGUUCAAUUCAUGGCAUUGGUGGGUUCACAAGGGAAGACAAACGCCGUGGGACUACAUCGAAUUUGAUGGUGAAGUGUACAAAGACAUGGAUCGAUUGAAAGCUUAUGAGUUGGGCUUAAGAACAUGGUCCAAGUGGGUGGAUUCUAACAUCAAUCCUUUGCAAACUAAGGUUUUCUUUCAAGGCAUUUCACCAACUCAUUACAAGUAA